UACCUGUGCUGAGGUGGUGGGACUGCUGGCUUAACAAUAAAUGCCGUACAACUAACUUGAAUUCUUCUGCGUCCAUGUUGCGUGGUCAAGUGGUGGCGCUGCAGACACGGCACGCUUCCAUGAUCCAUCCCAGCUGCAGCCACAGGUUGCCAUGUUAACAAAGCCGCUUUCAGUCCUUAACCCCGCCCCUAUUCCAGCCGCACAACAGGUUAGGUUGCGCGCCCUUUGUCCUGGUCCUGGAGUUCCUUGUAGCAAGGGGAGUGGGCGGGGACAGCGUGGAGCGAGAGCAGGUUGGGUUGGUCGGGCGGAGCUUUCCCUGUUAGUGCAGGUGGAACAUGGAGAAAGAGGAAGAAGGACGGUGAGCGGAGAAUCCUAUAUAGAGGGACAGUGCGUGCAACUGCUGAGAGUGGGGGAAGCGGGACCGAAACAGGUAAAUAAGUCUUAUCGUUGGUUUGAUGGUUACAGCCACUUUGGAUACUUUCCAUAUGGAGUACUAGCUCGCAAACACCAUGGCAACAAAGGUAGAACUCACUUCCCCGUUGUCAUCAAGAACACCUCAAGCCAGUCUAAGUGACAUACUAAACGAGGUUAAUACUCCAAGGACAUAUACUAGUCCUCUUUCAGAUGCAAGUAAUAAGUCAAAUGAUUCCAGUUUAACAAGCCCUAUUAUUACUGCAGAAACUGACAAUCUUGCUUCUAAAUCUGUGAGCAUGCUCACUGUAAGAUCAAGACCAAGACUUUCACCUAAACCUUUUUCAAAGGAAAAACCUCCAGAUUACCGAAUUGGUAGAAAUCUGAUGCCGUUUGUUUCUAAUGAUACUCCAUCUCGACUGGCUACCAGUACAUCAGAAAACAAACAGAAUAAUGACAGUGAGAGAAUGAACCGAAGAAUUUUCAGGGACUCUCAACAGCAAAGCAUUGAAGAAAAGGAAGCCACCAAAGCUGUAGCGGCAUCAUUUGCAUCUACUGCUGAAAUUCAGAUGCAGAAUCCCUCUAAUCUUGGCACACCAACAAAUACUGCAGAGAAUGUUGCAUUUACUUCACGUUCAAAUGAAAAGGAACCAAGCCCCAAACCUGAGGUUCCAACCAAACCCCCUGUGAUAUCAAAUGCAUUGGAAAAGUUGCAACCCAAAGACACAACAUCACAUCUCCCAAGUUCUAGAAUAUAUCCUUCAGACGUAGCAACUGAGAAAAAUAACAAAUCUUCAUUAGAGUUUGAAAGUCAAGACAGCUCAUCUGUGAGAGCCCAGCUAAGGCCUAGACGCCGUCCAGUGUCUGCUGUCUUUCUAGAAUCUAUAAAUGAUCCAGCUCCAGACCGUUCAGAAGCUACAGAUGAGAAGACAUGUGGUAGAAAGCCAAGACCUCUUUCUGUGGAUCUUACAGCAAAGUUUGAAACCAGAGGAUCAUUAGUGCACAAAAAUAGUUUUGAUGAAACCAAGGAAAAUAUGCCUUUGAAAAAAGAUCCAACUUGCUCUAGCAUAACUGAGGAAAAUUCUGAACUUUCACUAAAGCAAGAUGGUGGCCUUCAUGAAGUUCGAAGUAAAAACCAUGGAAAUGGUAGCAGCAGGUGUCAAACGACCACAGAGGUCUUUAACAGAAAUAAACAAUCUGAAACCUCAGUUAAGGAAUCGGUCCUCAAUAACACAACCAAAGAAAAGAAGGACCAAGAUUUCGGUGAUGGUGGUGAAACUCAAAGCAAAGUACAUUUGACAGAAAAAAGUAAUGCCAGAAGUACACUACAAGAAGGAAAGCCUCUUUUUCCUGAAAGUCAAGUGCAGCCUUCAGAUGAUAUUGGCAUUACACCUGGAACCAUUAAUAGGCGCAUCAGCCUUCUUUUAGCCAAUUCUGGUUCCUCAGUGGAAGUAUCUGAAUCCUCUACACCUGAACAAGGCAAGGGAAGUUCUAAUGUCCAGCAAAGGAUUAGAGGGUAUUCUUCUGAAAAUGUUGAAAUAAAACUUAGCAAGACACAGACAUUUUUACAACCCCAGGACCACUCUUCAGAACUGACAAAAACACUGUCAAAUUCACAACCAAAUGAGGAAAUAAAAGAAACAAAAACUAAAGAACAACAAACUUUCAAUGUAUCAUCAGACUCAAAGAAAACUAUGGAUACAAAGGACAGUCAAGUGUCAGAAGAAAAGCAGUGGACAUCAUGGAGAUCAUUAAGAAAAUCAGACUGGUAUCAGCAAUCUGAAGCCUCUCCAGAUGUUCCCAUUGAGAGGAAAAGUUCUUUAAGAAAAUCAGACUGGUAUCAGCAAUCUGAAGCCUGUCCAGAUGUCCCCAUUGAGAGGAAAAGUUCUUUAAGAAAAUCAGACUGGUAUCAGCAAUCUGAAGCCUCUCCAGAUGUUCCCAUUGAGAGGAAAAGUUCUUUAAGAAAAUCAAAUUGGAAUCAGCAAUCUGAAGCCUCUCCAGAUGCUCCCAUUGAGAGCAAAAGUUCUUUAAGAAAAUCAGACUGGUAUCCGCAAUCUGAAGCCUCUCCAGAUGAUCCCAUUGAGAGCAAAAGUUCUUUAAGAAAAUCAAAUUGGAAUCAGCAAUCUGAAGCCUCUCCAGAUGUUCCCAUUGAGAGGAAAAGUUCUUUAAGAAAAUCAGACUGGUAUCAGCAAUCUGAAGCCUCUCCAGAUGUUCCCAUUGAGAGGAAAAGUUCUUUAAGAAAAUCAAAUUGGAAUCAGCAAUCUGAAGCCUCUCCAGAUGCUCCCAUUGAGAGCAAAAGUUCUUUAAGAAAAUCAGACUGGUAUCCGCAAUCUGAAGCCUCUCCAGAUGAUCCCAUUGAGAGCAAAAGUUCUUUAAAAAAAUCAGACUGGUAUCCGCAAUCUGAAGCCUCUCCAGAUGUUCCCAUUGAGAGGAAAAGUUCUUUAAGAAAAUCAAAUUGGAAUCAGCAAUCUGAAGCCUCUCCAGAUGCUCCCAUUGAGAGCAAAAGUUCUUUUAGAAAAUCAGACUGGUAUCCGCAAUCUGAAGCCUCUCCAGAUGCUCCCAUUGAGAGCAAAAGUUCUUUAAGAAAAUCAGACUGGUAUCCGCAAUCUGAAGCCUCUCCAGAUGCUCCCAUUGAGAGCAAAAGUUCUUUAAGAAAAUCAGACUGGUAUCCGCAAUCUGAAGCCUCUCCAGAUGAUCCCAUUGAGAGCAUAAGUUCUUUAAGAAAAUCAGACUGGUAUCCGCAAUCUGAAGCCUCUCCAGAUGUUCCCAUUGAGAGGAAAAGUUCUUUAAGAAAAUCAGACUGGUAUCCGCAAUCUGAAGCCUCUCCAGAUGCUCCCAUUGAGAGCAAAAGUUCUUUAAGAAAAUCAGACUGGUAUCCGCAAUCUGAAGCCUCUCCAGAUGCUCCCAUUGAGAGCAAAAGUUCUUUAAGAAAAUCAGACUGGUAUCCGCAAUCUGAAGCCUCUCCAGAUGCUCCCAUUGAGAGCAAAAGUUCUUUAAGAAAAUCAGACUGGUAUCCGCAAUCUGAAGCCUCUCCAGAUGAUCCCAUUGAGAGCAAAAGUUCUUUAAGAAAAUCAAAUUGGAAUCAGCAAUCUGAAGCCUCUCCAGAUGUUCCCAUUGAGAGGAAAAGUUCUUUAAGAAAAUCAGACUGGUAUCCGCAAUCUGAAGCCUCUCCAGAUGCUCCCAUUGAGAGCAAAAGUUCUUUAAGAAAAUCAGACUGGUAUCCGCAAUCUGAAGCCUCUCCAGAUGUUCCCAUUGAGAGGAAAAGUUCUUUAAGAAAAUUAAAUUGGAAUCCACAAUCUGAAGCCUCUCCUGAUGUUCCCAUUGAGAGGAAAAGUUCUUUAAGAAAAUCAAAUUGGAAUCAGCAAUCUGAAGCCUCUCCAGAUGCUCCCAUUGAGAGCAAAAGUUCUUUAAGAAAAUCAGAGUGGUAUCCGCAAUCUGAAGCCUCUCCAGAUGUUCCCAUUGAGAGGAAAAGUUCUUUAAGAAAAUCAGACUGGUACCGGCAAUCCGAAGCCUACCCAGAUGUUCCCAAUGAGAGAAAAAGUUUAUCUUCUAAAGAGAAAACAUUUGAUAUUGCAACAGAAAAUACAAGCGAAAUGGAGAAGAUUGCUGGCGGCAAUGAAUUCAGAACUGUCAGGGCUACUAUGUUUGAACACAAUAUUGAGAGGCACAAUAUUGAGAGGCACAGUGUUAAUGAGUCAGGCUUUCCAAGACAGACUGUUCCAGAUAAACAUACUAAAAUUAAGUCACCAGCUAAUGAAUCAAGAGGCUGGACUGAUUGUCAGGAGGGUGAUAACUCUGCUAAAUAUCAACAAGGCACUGAAAUGUUGAAUACUAUAAUUCCUCAAGCAGGUGUUUUGGAGAAGAGUUCUUACAUUGCCAGCCAUAGUCCAUACACAUGCACUAAUGUUGAAGUUGAUUUAAGUAAGCAGAGAAUAGAGCCAAGAUAUGAAAUUGUUCAAACUAUUGGGGAAAAGGUAUCCAGUGAGUCCAUACAGUUGCUUCCAGAGCAAAAUGUUCGGACCCUUCGGUCUAGAAGAUCUUUUAGUAGAAAAGAAAUAGAACAGGAGAGAUCUAAGUUGGAUGGAGAUAUGCAUGAUCGCCCUUGGAGCAGGCUUCAAAGAAGCAAAAGUGAAUACAGGAAACGCAAUACACAGGGAAGUUCACAAGGCUCAUUUAAAGAUAAAGACUUUAAUUUAGAAGAUAAAUAUGAUUUUAGAGCAGAAAUAAGACCACCUAUAAUAGCAACUGCUGACAAUGUGUUUAAAACAGAUAGAACUGGCUUGACUGAAAGCAAGGCAGAUGCAUUAAAGAUUUAUGCAGUUCAAGACAAAGAUUACAAAACAGAGAAAGCUAAACUGUGGGAAGAGAGUAAGCUAUGGGCACAUCUGAAAGAAAAAGAAUCAAGCAAAGGUUUGGAGCAUUCUUCUUUUAGAUCACCUGCAGAAAAUCAAACCGUUUCUGGAAAAGAACUGCAAGGAGGAGGUCAAAGAGAUUUCUUAAAAUCUCAGACAUACCAUGCAAGCAAAGGCAGUGCUGAAAAUGAUGCACAAAUUGCAUCAAUGAUUGAUAGUAAAGAUGAAACUGGUGUUUAUGGGGAACAGUUCCAUAGUUCUAGAGUUCGCAAUUUUAAAGAAAAUGAAAACCAGCCUUAUAGAUCUUUCAUAAAGAACGAUUUAGAACUGUUGCACAAAAGCACCUCCAGAGAUGAAUCAAUGGAUGUAUUUGAAUCAGUUCUAAACAAUGGCAUUGAACAGAUGAAGAAAAAUCUCAGUGCCCAUUCAUCUUCAAUGGAGACAAAACUGGAUAGCAGAAUUGAUGAAUACUUUACCGAACAGAAGUGGAAAAGAGAGAAAUUGUUUCCUUUAAAUGAUAGUAGCAAAGUGGAAAAUACAAGUGAUUUAAUAACAUCCACUACUAAUGAAGUAUCUACUAGAAACAGAGGAGUUGCUGAUAAAAAUCAAGACAUUUUAAACAAAUUUCCACAAGAUACAAAGGCAACAUAUUUUGCUGUGACAUGCUUUGAUAAAAAAGAAAAAAAUGAAAGUGAUCUUGGCACUUCUAUAAAUUUCCAAUCAGGUAAUCUUGUUGUAAAAGAAGAUUCAAAUAACAGACUGUAUGUAGCCUCACACAAUAACUUUUAUUCAGAUUCUGGUGAUGGUAAACAGGACUUUCAAAUACGAAGGGAAUCAAACAUAAAAAGCACAAGCAGAUGCCAGGCUAUUGUGGAAUCUGAUUUCACUGUAAAGUCUGAUGUAAUGGGUUCAGAAAUUUUGAGGCCAAAUACUAUUGAUCUAGAUCUUUUGCAGGAAAGACAUAGACAAGAGCCAUAUGUUGAAGAAAGCAGGCUUACAUACCAAGAUUCCUCUGCAGAACUCUCUGCAAAAGAUUAUGAUCACAAAAGUGAUAAUAAAUCGCAUAGGGAAGCUGAACAAUUUGAUCUAAAAGGGACCUACAGAUCACAAGUUGUUGAUAUUGAUGCCUUAAUGGUAGAUUAUAAAGUCUCUCAAAAUAAUAAUCCUGAUCAGGGAAAAUCAUGGGAGAUGUCAAGGUCCUUUAGGGAAUGCUCAGAAAAGAAUGACAGCAGAAAAUGGAAAGACCCUGACGUGAAACCUUUCACAUAUAAAGAAGGAAUCAAAUAUGAGACUGUCUCAUCUUGGUAUACAUCUCAAGAACAUUCUGAACAUGAACUAAAAACUGAAGACCUUAAAUUCACUCAGUUUAAGAAUGAAGGUCAGUCUACUGAUUUUACUAAUACUGUUGAAACAGAUAAUUUAAAACAUCAAUCUAUAAGUAAAAACAUAAGAACUCUGGAUGCAUUGCUUGACUCAUCAAGAGGAAGGCAACGGGACCAUAAAUCGUCAACUUCCUUGCUUCAGAACUCCUAUGAUUUAGAAACAGAAAGACAGCCAUCGAAGUCUUUUACAAAAGAAGCUGGUUUUAUUGAGCUCAGUGUUGAUGAUGAAGAUGAUAUCAAACUAAAACACCAGACAGCAGGCGAUAUCAGACUAAAACACCAGACUCCCAGCCAGACAGCAAGUAAAUCCAGUGUAGUUGAGAAGAAACCGGCAUAUUCUGAAAGAAGACGCCCAGCCAAGUCUACUGAUUUAGUAGCACUAAUUUUAGAGGACAAGGAAAGGAGAAGACAAAAUAGGUUGAAGCAGGGACCUACAGAUGAGUAUAAUGCGCAACCUUUAUCACGAAGACAUUUCAGUGAACAAGAGCAUAUACAAAGUGGUAAUAAGCGGCAUUCCCAGGACUACAGCACAUCAAUAUACCAUUCAAAAACCGUUGAAGUUGUGACUGAAUCAUCCCAUAGGAGAAGUGCAAAGCAACAAAGAGGGAGAGCAGAACUGCCACAGCUGGACCAGCUGAAGCAGUGUGUCACUAGAUCCUCUACAACUAACAAGGACACAGAUUCGCUGGUUCAGGAGUCUGACAAGCGCUAUGGGACAUGGAGUCAAGAGCAGCAGCAGAGUGAAGAUGGCUUUGUCGCCGAUUCCCCAUCAUUUGGUGACAUCUCCAAUAGGAAGCACACUCCACAAAGUAGACUGUCCUCCGUGUCGCAGAGUGAAACAGACCAGCAUGACUUCCUGUCCGAUCCCAAGAGCUCCGCAGUGGAUGCCUCCAGCAUGGACAUCGAUUCCACUGACGGCACAGGGAGCACCAUUUCUCUUCACGAGGCCAAAGCUGAGGAUUUUUCGUUCAUCGAUCAAACAUUGGUCUUAGACUCUACAGCACUGAAAACCAGGGUGCAACUGAACCGGAAAAGCCAACGCCGUGCCCCUAGCCAGUCCCAGCGCAAAAGCCGCCUGCUCCUGUCCAGUAGUCAUCUUGAUGUGAUAGAAGACACUGAUAGCCCCUGGAUGUAUACAGACUCUACAGAGGAAAAGCCUGUAAAGGAGGAAAGUGAAGAAGAAAAACCACAAAGGACUCCAGUUCAACAACAGAGAAUGCCUAUGUUCCCUGGCAUGGAUCCCUCCGCUCUAAAGGCUCAGCUACGUAAGAGACAGGACCCAGAGAACAAUAGUGAAUCUCCCUCACAACCUUCACGGUCACCUAAAUCCCCUCUCCCCCAAGGAACACUGGGUAUUAAACUCCUGCCGACAUCAAGUGACAAGCAAGAAAGGGGGCCAGAGGAGUCCCCAGCAUGGCUGAAAGAACUGAAAUCAAAGAAGAGGCUAAGCCAGUAUGAGAAUCAAACUUAACAGAUCCAGCAGUUUUCAAGAGGGGGGACACAGCAGUUGAACAUACGCCUUAAUCCUCACAAUUCUACAAAUACACGCCGCUCUGCUGUUUUGCUUUGUCUGAACUGCUGUGUGUUUGGUGCCUUUCCAGUUUUUGAAGAAAAAGCUGCUUAGUACCUUUCAGAUAUAAAAAUAGUUGUAUUUUAUAUGAAAAGAGAGAAAAGUCACUUUAGGACUCGUAAAGGAUAUUUACUUGAAACGGAGCUCUACAGAAGCCAAAGGCCGUGCCUCCAGGGGGCCCGGCCGACAUGGAAAGACUUUGGGAUAGCAGCCUCACACACAGGUCACAUGUCUGGAUUUGUCAACAUGUUUUAAGAAGAGGGGUGGGGGAAAGCUGACUGAAUUUUGUAAUUCUUUAUGAGAAAUUUCAAGAUCACAGAUGAAUUCAACUUUUUUGUUACUUAAAAUGUUCUAAACCACUAUCCAGAUGAUUUUUUUUUUUUUAACUUCCAGAAUACUAGAACUAUAUACGCAUAAAUGAACAAAAUGUUUACUGCCAAUAACAACAACCACAAAAACCGCUUGACUACUUUUUGUAAAAAAAAUGUUUUUAAUAUGGUUGGUGGUGUAUAAUGAAUACAAAAUUGUAUUACUUCUUCCUCUGCUUUUAUCUUGCUGCCCACUUAGCAGAUUGUUCAUUACCAAUCGAAUGUUUGUCCCUCCACCUUUUCCAGUUUCAAACGCUGCCAGAUAAGUCUAGAGUAAGAGAACCUUCUAAUUGGACAACUAUAAGCACCACGUUUCCCUUAGACUAGAUUCACAUGUGGAAAUGCAAUAUGUGACACUAGCCUCAUGCCAAAAGGUUAGUAAGUAGAAUCUUCAGACAAAAUAGGCUUUGCUUAGAGGAGAGAUUUGGCCUGCCCUGCAUUCUGAUACAAAGCAGAUUAUAGUGGCAAUGACAUUAUCAAAUAACAGCAAUAAUAUGUAACCUAUUCUGAAUUUUUUUUAUAGCUUUUUUUAAUACUCAUGAUCCCUGCACUGUACAUGCCAUUCACAUGUCGUACAAACCAUGUUGGGAGAGGCCUCUAACUUCUUUGAUUUGCAGCACACUCUUAGACCUUAUUUUAUGCGUGCACAUAAUGGGGACAAAUGUACAGUUAUUUUUUUUUUGUCACAGGUUGUUUAUCCAUUUUAACAUCCCAAAGAGGUUUUGAAUGACCACUUAUGCUUCUGCACUGAUAUAAGGUAUAUGGAUAGCUCCUGGUAUAUGGAUAGCUCCUGCUUUCUUCUGGAAUGUACUAGACAUUUAUAUAUAGGGAAUACAUAUAUAAAUGCCAUUCGCAUGCUUUCUUUGGUAGCCAAUGUUUUGUCACUGUAUAUACUCCUGCUUUAGAAGGGAAAAAACAAACACCAAACCUUUUUUUUUGUUUAACAAACAUUACAGCAACUUUUAACUUCUACAUUUUUACAUAACUAUUGUCCAAAGCAUAUUGUAAUCUUAGUAUUGACUAUUAAAACAGAAAAAGGUUUUAAUAACUGAAGUUUCCUUAACCUGCAUAUAUGCACAAAUCCUCAGAUAUAUUGUUCUGUAUAUAGAAUUUAUAUUGUGUGGCCAAAGCCAUGCCCUCUAUCUCUUCCUUACAAAUUACACUGAUCUGCCACUUUAAAGUCAGCUCUUACCCAGUGCUUGAACUUUUUGGAGGAUUUGGUAAUCCCAUCACUGUGCACCAGCAAUGGUUUUAAGCCCACUCUAAGAAAAUGGUUCAUUUAUUGCAGUACGCUUUAAUACCAAAUAGCUAAGCAUUAUAGUUAGGCCCUAUUGCAUCAUUUUGAGAAAUAAAGUGUUUUAUUUAGUGACGGAAGAAAAAACUUGGCUUUAGCCAAUGCAUUACAGAAUUUUAAGCUUUGUUUAGCAGCCUGUAAGAGUAUAUAUAGCCAAAUUUUACAUUUUUAAAUCUGUAUGGACUCAGGAAAAGCUUUGCUAUUAAUAUGUCAGAAAAGACUAUGUUCCUGUUUAAAACACACAUAAUAGGGCAACCAAUGUUUUUAAAAGCAGAACUUUUUAGAACUAAUGGGCAGUUCGAUUUUAAAUAGAAAGAAUGAUUGCAAAAGAACAUUCCCUAUUACACAGCAAAAGUUAUAUUUCCCAGGAUUAGGGAUAUCAUCUUUGGCCUGAGCCAAUGGCAUAUCGUUUCACCAAGGGUUUGUAUUUGGCUGAAUUUUUUUUUUCCUGUAAUUUUCCAGGAGCUGAAAUCUAGUUAAUUAAUUUGAUAAGUUGAUAAAUGUACAUCGCUUCAUAUAGUAGUAGCGCUAUAUACACACAUUUAGCUUCACGCAGCCCAGAAGAGGCAACUCUAUAUGCCACAAAUUCUAAAAUUAUGGACGAGGAACAAUUGUCAAUGCAUUGCGGUCAGGCCAACUAUGUCCCAAGUUAUUCCUGCUCUGGCCAGUCCUACACAUUAAGAAUUCUAGUAUUCAUGUAGGCAUUUCUAUAGGAACUAUGCUUUACCUACAACUUGCUUUCCAAGGAUAAAACUCUCCAAUGAUUGCCCUUUUUAUUGGCCAAAUGGAGGGAUCGCCUGACCCGAGAAUGAUAGGAGGAACAUUGUCUGACUUUUGCUACAAGAAAUAUAGCUUAUUUUCCAAAAAUUAGUGAUUGAUUGUAUUAUAAGGUUCUCUCUGAGUGCUAUGCUUCUUGUAGUAGACACACAUCUGGGUGAAUCUUGUGUAAGGCUAUC